UGCAAAUCCAGCAUAGGGAGACGUAAUUUAGCAGUCACUAUUCCUGCACAGUCCCAACACACUGAUUAUAUUUCACCAAAUGUUUCAUUAACAAAGGCUCUUAUAACUCCAAGAGUAAAUAAAAAAAGGUAACAUCAUCAGUUUCUUAAAUAUUUUAAUUCCACGUCCAAAACUUUGAAAACCCCACUUAUUUUUUUAUCACUAUUUUUUUUCAUGUUAACUUGAAUUUAGUAAAUGAAAUCAGGAAAUGAAAGCUGUUAUUUAUUUUUUUAUUGUGAUUAAACAUUUUUUUGUUUUUAUUGUUUCUUUUUUUUCUUUUUGUGUAAUUUGGAUGAAGUGAAAUGUGUUACGGUAAUUUAACAACUGUUAACUUUAUUGCACUAAAAUAUAUGUCAUAGUUCUUGGAUUUCUUUUUUGUUAUGAUGUGCAAGAUAUUACCAUAAGUUUUUUUUUCUUUUAUAGGCUAAACCCAGCUCCAGUAUUGCCAAGUGAUAACCGACUCCAGACUCUAAUUCUACCCAAUACUUUGGCCCCUGUCUCUAGUAUAUUUAUCCAGUUCGCCCCCUCACCUGGCUACACAACAACACUGCAACAAACACCUCAAGCUUUGCCAGUGCUUACAUACAAUAUAGCCAGUUCAGCAGUGUCUGAUGUGGCAAGUAGCUGUGGUGUAAAAAUCAACAGCACGACUCUGUCAACUCUAUCCCAAACCAGUCUUUCAACUCAAACAGACGCCACACCUGAAGUUUCCUCCACUGAUCAAGUAAGCGGGGGGGCUCAAGUCCCGUCAUCACCCGACAUGCUUGCUAAGUCAAUGAUUGCCUGCGGCAUCGAAGCUUCCCCCAUCCAUCCAUCACCACCAUCCCCUUCUUCUCAGGUUUGUGAUAUAACCCGAGAUGUGGAGCCAUGUGCAAUGUCCACUCCAACUCCUGCAAACAACAGUCUCAAGCACCCCAUUGUGAGAAAUCUCAAAUCCGCUUUUGAUGCCGCCCAUAGCUCAACUGUGCAGACAGACAUAGACAUUACUGCACCUGAAUCAGUAGUCGCACCAACCGCAGUUUGGGAACC